AUGUUGUCCGCUUUUAAACCUCGGUCGCUCGUCGAACUGAAACCCCGCGACAAAUCCAAGAUUGAAUCCGUUCUCGCGUACGGCGAUCGCCUCCUUGUCGGCUUGAACAAUGGCAACUUGCGCGUGUACCGGGUCAAUGAACAGGCCGGGGACGAGCGAAACGGCCAUGCGAUCGAGAGCUCGGCUGGCCACGACCACGACCACGACCACGAUGGCGACGACGGACCUUCGACGACCACCACCGAUCUCCUCCGCGAACAGGAGAAAUUCGCCCGUUACAAGAUUGACCAGCUCGCCUUUAUAAAAGAGGCCAACAUUCUAGUCUCGCUUUCCGGCGGCUACGUUUUCCUACACGACCUGCAGAGCUAUGACCUUGGGGAACAACUCAUGAAGACAAAAGGGGCGACCGCGUUUGCGGUGACUUCGAAUGUUGUCAACGAUGCAGAAACAGACGUUCCGUCCAUCGUGUCCCGGCUUGCCGUCGCGGUCAAACGCAAGAUUAUACUUUGGACUUGGCAGGAUAUGGAGCUCAACCCGGACGCGGCCGAGGUCACUUUGGUUAGCGGGAUCAAAACCUUGACGUGGAUAUCUGGCACGAGACUGAUUGCUGGGCUUACGUCUAAUUAUGUCCUGGUCGAUAUUGAGACCAUGGAGCUCAAGGAUAUUGUAGGACCGGGAAGCAUCGGCGGCGGUGCGGGACAGGAAUCGAGUCGGCUCGGAGGAGUCGGCGUUGCCAGUAUGAGCUAUAUCGGAAUGGGAGGCAUUGUACCCAAACCUCUCGCUACACGGCUUAGCGAAGGGCAGGUUCUUUUAGCAAAAGAUGUCAACACGCACUUUAUUGACAUUGAUGGCACAUCCCUGCGGAAGCGGCAGAUACCAUGGAACACCGCACCCGAGGCUCUUGGAUAUUCAUACCCAUAUCUACUGGCAUUGCAAGAUCCUUCAAAGGGCACUUUGGAAGUACGCAAUCCAGACACACUAUCGCUCCUUCAGUCAAUAUCUCUGCCAUCGGCGAGCUUGCUUCAUAUGCCGCACCCCAAUAUCAGUCUAGCACAUGCCGGGAAAGGCUUCUUGGUAGCCAGUGACCGAGCCAUAUGGCGCAUGGAGGCGCUGAGCUACGACAAUCAGAUCGACGCAUUAGUCGAGAGCGGGUAUUUGGACGAAGCGAUCAGCCUCAUCACGAUGCUAGAGGACGCACUUUUGACAGACAAACCAGGUCGUUUGCGUGAGAUCCAGCUUCAAAAGGCUCAAAAGCUGUUCAACGACCGUAAAUACCGCGAUGCCCUCGACCUCUUUGCAGGAGUCUCUGCGCCUCCUGAGAUUGUCAUACAGCUGUACCCAAAGGUCAUAGCGGGCGACUUGUCGUCUAUAGAAGAAGAAGAAGAAGAAGAAGAAACCGAGCAUGUUGAAGUGAAUGGUGCAGAUGCUUCGGCGGCGGCUACGAAUGGCCUACAUUCGCAUGCUGAGGACCCAGCUCCUGAAGCUCUCAGAUCUUCUACUUAUGCGCCUUCUCUUACCUCCUUUCUUCGCGGUAAAGGAGACGAGGGUAGCGACGAUGGGAGCAUCCGCGCAAAGCCAAUGGAAAGCUCUCAAAGCGAGAAACGUCUAGAAGGGAAAGAUCUCAAAACAGCCGUUCGCGAACUGCAGGGCUAUCUUGCCGAUGUGCGACGUCGGUUUCAGAGAUUUUUAAAUCCAAACGGCACUCUUCGUGCUGGUUCUUUACAUCAAGAUGGAGAAAUCGAUGAGUUUGAAGAGUCGGUACGAAUGCUGCUCGGGUUGUCAGGGGAAUUUGAAGAGUCCGAGUUUGAAGAACGACUACUUGAAAACGCCAGGCUGGUCGAUACGACGCUGUUCAGAGCUCACAUGUACGCGACGCCUUCGCUGGCGGGUUCCCUAUUUCGAAUCGCCAAUUUUUGUGAUCCGGACGUGGUGAUGGAAAAGCUUGGAGAAAGCGGACGAUACAAUGAACUGAUUGAUUUUUACUACGGCAAAAAGAUGCACCGUCGAGCAUUGGAAUUGCUUCGGAAGUUUGGUCAGGAAAAGAUAGAAGAAGGGGAAAAAGAAGACGAUGAAUGGGCCCAUCUUCGCGGGCCCAAGAGAACAAUUGCAUACCUACAGCACUUGUCCCCGGAAUAUAUCGAUCUCAUCCUAGAGUUUGCAGAUUGGCCUAUUCGGGAAGAGCCUGAUCUCGGCAUGGAUAUAUUUUUGGCAGAUACCGAGAACGCCGAGACGCUACCGCGGUAUCAAGUCAUUGACUUUCUCGAAAAAGUCGACAAUACUGCUCUUGCGAUUCGCUAUCUAGAGCAUGUGAUUGAUGAGCUGAACGACCUGAGCCCGGAUCUGCACCAAAGACUGCCAAAUCUCUAUUUGGAAAAGCUGGAAGAACACAAGAGCGGCAAAGCAAAACUUGCUAGUGAGGACGAAUUCGAGGAAUGGAAGCAAAAGCUUUUGGCAUUCCUCAAGUCUAGUGACCAGUAUUCGCCCGCUAAGAUGCUGGAUCGCCUCCCACAAGAUGACCCCGAUUUCUACGAGGCCAAAGCAAUCGCAUUUAGCAAGAUGGGCCUGCAUCGACAGGCGCUGGAGAUUUACGUUUUCAAAUUACAGGCGCAUGAUAAGGCUGAAGAGUACUGUAACCACGUCCAUGUCACCGAAGAAGUAUCAGCAGCAGAGAUAGCUCCAUCUCAUCGCCUAGCGCCCACGGAUGCCGAUGAUACGAAACCUCCAAUCUACCUGACAUUGCUAUCCCUUUAUCUUUCGCCUCCAAAUGGUAACAAAACGCAAUACGGCCCGGCAUUGGAGAUCAUGGCCAAACACGGAUCUCGGCUGCCGGCCAAGUCCACCCUCAACCUGAUCCCCGAGGACAUUGCCGUCCAGGAACUCGAGUUCUACUUCCGCAGUCGCAUCCGAGCUGCUAGUUCCAUCAUGAACGAGGCUCGCAUUGUUUCUAACCUGCAAAAAGUGCAGAAUAUCAAGACUCAAGCCCGGCUUUUGGUCGGAGAGGGACUGCCGGACAAUAACAAAGCGCGCAGCCGACAUGUCACGAUCACGGAAGAGCGCGUGUGCGGUAUUUGCCACAAGCGGCUUGGAGGUAGUGUCAUCAGCGUGUUUCCAGAUGAUAGGGUUGUCCAUCUAGGUUGCGCCAACCGUGUGACAUGA